AUGGAGGUUUGGCGCCUAGCGCGAUCCCGAGGCGUGGUCCUUUGGGGGGUCCUUGGCAGCGUUCUUUUCUCGGGGAAAGCGGUCAUUUUGUGGGUUCCGAAGAGCAAGAUUCUUCCGGAUUCUCAAGAUAGGCCAAUACUGGACCCCAUGCCUUCCAAAGUGGUCGGAUCUGACAGUCGUCCCCGUUUGAUCAUCACGGGUGGCCCUGUCGGUCAACGCAAUCACGAGUUUGAGAAGCAGGUCCGCAUGCAUCCUCUGGACAGGACCGUCCGGCAUCACCAUUGGCCGAUCUCAGAGUGCCCUGGUCCUGCCCUGCAUCAACGCCCAGCAACCUCGACUGUGAGAGACAACCUUGCAGGACAGCUUCCUGCUGUACAGUGCAUGACCACAUGCCACCUGACUCAUGGGCUGGACUGCUGUGGUCGGUUGGACAGCCGCCAGGAACAUGUCGGACACCCCGGAACCUGA